CGGCCGGUUGCCAGAGCAACGCGGUGCGUGAGGCCUACGGAAGGAUAAAGCCUCACGUUAAUGGCCCCGCCGGUGCUCGCGAAUGGAUUUGGAAGUGAAGGGCAUUGGAGCCGCGCCAACCGGUCAACGUCGGCAGAAACUGCUGGACAGGACACCUGCCCAGGGAUGGAGACCAGAAUCAAGAGUUUCUCAUAGUCCUCGACCCGACUAUGUGCCUGUGUUAGACCUAACAAAACUUAGUGAUUCAGGGGAUGAGAAUGAUUUGGCUUAUACACCUGUUGUUAAAGAAUAUCCUCGUUUUGGAUCUCCCGAUUCUACCUCCACUAUUAGCUGGGGAACACCUGCCCCACCUCCAAAUGCCCUCCAUUACCACUGUCAGCAGCCUCCUCCAAAACAAGAAUAUAUUGUGCCUGAGGAUCUGCCCAAACCUUCAGAAAGAUAUAAACUUAAGUACCAGCAAUAUGAAGAGGAAAUGAAAAUGAAUUAUAAACAAUAUUCUCAGCGAAUGGUACAGAAGAACCAAACAAAUGAUCAGCUUCAGCAACCCUCAGUGUCAGUUCCUCAAAAACAGGAACCUCAGGAUGGUAAAGUGAACCCUGAGGAUCCCACAGUCCUUGAUGAGAAAGCUCGUUUACAGCAGUGUUACACAAGCCAACCAUAUACAGUGCAACAAAGCAUGAGGAAAUUGGAAGCUGAGGGUAUGGCAGCAGAGAAGAAAACACAAGCUGUGGUGGAACAAGUGUUACUGGAUCAGCUUUCCAGGGCAGUUAUCAGUGACCCAGGACAAAAUACAAUCUACAGUAAUCUGAUUCAGGAACAUACGUCACUUCCUGGGCUUGGAUCUGCACCCCUACGCUUCAGGAAUAGAAAACUACAUGCAACCAAGGUGAAGACAAGUUCAACAUUAACAGAAACUUUACUCUCAAACAAACUGCGUUUUGAUGCUCGAAUUAUUUCAAGAAAUGGACGGGAUGCAUGCAGAGAGCUGAUUGGCUUCUUCUUUGCCUUCGAUAAGACUCUUACAGUAUAUGAAUAUCGUCACUUUGGAAAAAAUAGAUUAAAUGCUCUUCCAUUCAUUCAGAGAGGAGUUUACUGUCACCAGUAUGGAAGACGGAAAGGAAGACAAUAUGGUAUUGGUGAUUUUUGUGUGGCUGCCAAUCUGACCUUUCUGACAACAGAACAUUCUGGUCUUCCAGCAACUAUUAAAGAGAAGCAGUUAUUCACUUUACGGAUCAUCAAUAUUGAUGAAAUGGCAAAACAUUCAUUGCUAGCCAGUAGCAACGAAGAUCCCAAUAAGCAAGAAAUAGAUGAUAGAAAUAUCUUCAAGACCACACAAGCUCUUCUGAAAGAAAAGCUGAAGAAGAGAGGGGUUCGCACUAUGACUGGUUUGCAGAAAUUCUGCCAGCGGUGUGACAAGUCUGGAGAUGGAUUCCUGCAGAAGAUGGAGUUGAAACAAGCUCUGAAUGAAUUCCAUUUGGAGCUUCCUGAAAAGGAUUUUGAAUCUGUUUGGCUUAUAUUGGACCAAGACUGUCAGGGUCAAGUCGAUUAUCACCAGUUUAUUCGAGGAGUGCUUGGAGAAAUGAAUGAAUAUCGCAAAUGGUUUGUUAGGAAAGCCUAUAUGAAGCUUGACCCAAACAAAAGUGGUACAGUCAGUAUGAUUGACAUCAGCAAGUUUUACAGUGCCAGGAAACAUCCUAAAGUUUUGUCUGGAGAAAUUUCAGAGCAGAAAGUCCAAUCAGCUUUCCUUGAUACACUUCAAGAAAACUGCUGCCGUCCCAAUGAAGUUACUUAUUGUGAAUUUGAAAAUUAUUAUGAAGGACUUAGCUUUGGAGUCACAGAUGAUGAUGAUUUUGCCAACGUGUUAAGAAAUUCCUGGGGUAUAUGAUAUUAAUGCAGGUUUAAAGAUGAACCAUAAAGUUUGACAGGACUGACAUUUAUUUCUACAUAUGCUAUUUUAUGAUUAUGAACAUUUUUUUAUAAGAAUAUGUUGAGUAACUAGGAUUCAUCAGAGCAAAACAUUCCAUUCUUACACUCACAAUUUGAUUUUUCAUUCAGUCAUGGUAUAGCUCACUACAUUGUUUUAAUGAAAUAUCAUUGGGGUAUCACAAAAACCUUCCCAUACAUAGUUUUUAAUGCCAAUAUUUGUUGGUACUUCCUGGACUGAGUCCAGCCACAUAUUGUGUUCUGUUGGCUUUGGGUGACAUGUGAGCUUCUUUAAAGCCAAUUAUGUUCCUAACUUGAUAGGUAUGAUAGGAAUAUUUGCCUCUUGGAAUCACAAUUAGAGUUUCAGUAGUGCGCUCCUGCUAGUAACUAGUAACUAGUGCAUCCUGCUGAUCCGUGAGACACCGCAAUCUACUGGGCACACUCUAUCACUACUGUACUAUAAGCUCUGGGACUCUCCCCUGCAUGAGAAGUGCUAAAUAAAUGCAAGUUGUUGUUGUUACUGCGCUGCUGUUAAUACCGUGUGAUUUUUGUGUGCUGUUUAUUUACUGAGCUGCAAACUUAAUUGUUAAUACAUUUCGACCCUUGCCUUCGGUCACCCUCCUUCCCCCCCGGCCCUCCACCGUCCCUGACCCACCCCCCAGCUUGGGUCCCAAACACCGAUGGUCCAUCACCUCGGGACGUCCUGUCGAGGUGAAAGGCACAGUAAUUUGUGAUGUCAUUUUUGUUGUACAGAACGAAUAAUGUUUGCCAGUAAAUGUGUCGAUGCGUUUUCACUUUUGCCUUCAAUAAAGUAGAGCAAAGUUA